AAAUUUGCAUAUCAAUAACCACAUAAGCUCACAAACUGGAGAACAAUGGAAUCCAUUCGCGAUUCCAAUUUCCGUAUAUAGAUUCCUAUGUUUAAAUACAUAUAAAAGAGGCGACUCGAACAACCAUCCAGAGGGACCAGUUUCAUAUACUUCGAAGCAGGAUUGAUCACAGGCAGAGAUGUCGGCUAACGGAGAAUCAUGGGAAGAUACUAUGUGGGAUUCUUAUAAUUUCUUAAUGAAAUGUCCGGAUGUCGAUCGCCUUCGUAAAAUCCUUGUACGUCAUGAAUUGUUUCAGAAGUCGUUAGAAGUUCCGGGUGAUAUUGUAGAAUGUGGCGUUUUUAAGGGAACUGGUCUAAUGCAGUUUCUGAAGAUGCGACAGAUGCACAUGCCCGGCUCAAUUAAGAAGGUUAUUGGAUUUGAUUUAUUCCUUUCACAACCUAAACUGGUUGGUAACGAUGAUGUGCAAAUGAGUAAGCUGUUUAAAGAGAGUAACUUUGAAGGCAUUGAGCCCGAGGAUUUGAUGAAUCAAGCUAAAUUGAUAAGUGGCAGCAGUUCAAUUUUGGAACUUGUAGAGGGUGAUGUUUGCAAGUCUUGUUCAGAGUAUGUUGACAAGAAUCCAGGCUUUAGGAUUUCGUUGUUACAUAUGGAUCUGGACGUCGGGCCUCCCACACUAGAAGCUUUGAAGGCGCUGUGGCCUAGAGUUGUUAGAGGCGGUAUCGUUAUAUUUGAUGAAUAUGCUAUAGCAAAAUGGUCGGAAAGUGAAGCCGUUGACGAAUAUUUCAAAGACAAGCCAGAGCAGGUUCUUCAAACACUUACAUGGGCCAAGUCACCCACCGCCUUCAUAAUAAAGAAAUAAAUUACUUAAUGUAAAAUAAAACAACUUAAAAAAAGACAAUAAUGACCCAGGGUUUCUAAUAUAGUUCUACAGUUGUCAAAAAAUAUACAACUGUGCAUGCAUGCAAAGAAAUAGGAAAGUCCCACUCGCACAGAGAAAUGUUUAAAAAAUAUGGCCUAAAAACUUUAGUUAAUUACUCAAAGUUAAAUGGAACACUUCAAAAAUGUUGGUUUUUGUCUAGGAAAUUGAUAUUCAUUUGAUAGUAGUUUAUGUCUUUGUAAAUUCCAAUUGGUAUCAACGGACGAACUGAAGGAUGUAAGACAAGGGAAUUGUGACACAGGGUUUCUAAUAUAGUUUAAUGAAACACUUCAAAAAUGUUGGUUUUGUCUAGGAUAUUGGGUUAAGUUAGUUAAGUCUUUCAUUUUUUAUGUAAUAGGUGUUCUUAUUCUUGAUAAUUCUAUGAUAUAAGGAAAUAAAUAAAUUGAUAUUCA